AUGUCAAGGGUGCCGAGUCCUCCUCCCCCGGCAGAAAUGUCGAGUGGACCUGUAGCAGAGAGCUGGUGCUACACCCAGAUCAAGGUGGUGAAGUUUUCGUACAUGUGGACCAUAAACAACUUCAGCUUCUGCCGAGAAGAAAUGGGUGAGGUCAUCAAGAGCUCAACCUUUUCAUCUGGAGCCAAUGAUAAACUCAAAUGGUGUUUACGUGUCAACCCCAAAGGCUUGGAUGAAGAAAGUAAAGAUUAUCUGUCCCUCUACCUGCUGCUGGUGAGCUGUCCAAAAAGUGAAGUUCGAGCCAAGUUCAAAUUCUCCAUCCUGAAUGCAAAAGGAGAAGAAACAAAAGCAAUGGAGAGCCAGAGAGCCUAUCGAUUCGUGCAAGGCAAGGACUGGGGCUUCAAAAAAUUCAUUAGAAGAGACUUCCUUUUGGAUGAGGCCAAUGGACUUCUUCCAGAUGACAAACUCACUCUCUUCUGUGAGGUGAGUGUGGUACAGGACUCGGUCAAUAUCUCCGGCCAGAACACGAUGAACAUGGUGAAGGUCCCGGAGUGUCGCUUGGCGGAUGAGCUGGGAGGGCUCUGGGAGAACUCGCGCUUCACCGACUGCUGCCUGUGCGUGGCAGGCCAGGAGUUCCAGGGCCACAAAGCCAUCCUGGCAGCGCGUUCCCCGGUUUUCAGCGCCAUGUUUGAGCAUGAGAUGGAAGAGAGUAAAAAGAAUCGGGUCGAAAUCAAUGAUGUGGAGCCUGAAGUCUUUAAGGAAAUGAUGUGCUUUAUUUACACGGGGAAGGCACCAAAUCUUGACAAAAUGGCUGAUGACUUGCUGGCAGCUGCUGACAAGUACGCCCUGGAGCGGCUGAAGGUGAUGUGUGAGGAUGCACUGUGCAGUAACCUGUCUGUGGAAAAUGCAGCUGAAAUCCUCAUUCUGGCUGACCUACAUAGUGCUGAUCAACUGAAAACUCAAGCAGUGGACUUCAUUAACUAUCAUGCUUCUGAUGUGAUGGAGACCUCAGGCUGGAAGUCCAUGGUGGUGUCACAUCCCCACUUGGUGGCCGAGGCGUAUCGCUCUCUGGCCUCUGCACAGUGUCCCUUUCUGGGCCCCCCACGGAAGCGACUGAAGCAAUCCUAAAGCCCUGCCUGUCACACCACCCCAUGUUUUUCUGGAAGCAGCAACUGUUGCUGCUGUAACCUUGACCACCAGGUAGACAGCGAAAUCUGUGGAGCUUUUACUCUGUUGUUGGGGGGAAGAGACUGCUUCAUGACACCCAGACUUUUUAAAACAGCACCAAGUAACUUGGGGAGAGGGGGGAGGGUGGGCCUAGGGCUCUGGGGCUGUUCAACCUAAUGAAUCCCUGUCGCUGCAUCGUCUGUGUGUUCCCUUCGACUUGGCUGAGUCAAUUAAGUACAGGGUUUGGUUUAGGCACCAACCCAAGUGGGAAU